AUUAAUGCCAGCAAUACUUUUCACCUCUCUCUCUUGCUUUCCAUUGUAUAUAUCUACACCAACCCAACCCAACAACUCAAAUUUCAAGUGCAACACAAAAUUCAUAUUCUACCAUUCAACUAACUUAGUAGUAAUAUUUAAUUUUUUAUAGUUAAAUAGUGGAAAAAAAAUGGAAGGUUUUGAAGAAGAAAUUACAGAGCCAGUUAGUCCCACAGGACAAUAUUUGAAUAGCUCUGCUCUUUGUAUAUACAUUUUAGGUGUUUUAGAAUUUGAAAUUUCUCUUGAUGAAUGCCAAACCCUUUCAUUGCUUCAAGAUGUCUUCCUUCCCAUCAACACACGUUUCUCCUCCAUCAUGAUUAGGGACCAAUUCAGUGGAGAGAAAAUAUGGAAGAAAGUUGAUGUUAAUUUGGAGGAACACAUCAAAGUUCCUGAAUUUCCUAGUGACAAAUCAACAAACUCAUACUAUGAUGAAUGUCUUGAUGAAUAUAUGUCCAAAAUAGCAAUGGAAUAUUUACCACAAGAUAGACCACUUUGGGAAAUUCACAUAAUUAGAUAUCCAACAACAAAUGCAGCUGGUACUUUAGUGUUCAAACUUCAUCAUGCACUUGGUGAUGGUUACUCUCUAAUGGGAGCACUUCUUUCAUGUUUAGAAAGAGCUGAUAAUCCUUCACUUCCAUUUACACUUCCAUCAAGUCAAAGACCUAAGUCAAUUUUUAAUACCAAAGCAAUUAUCAAAAGAUUUCCUUCUAUUUUAUCCUCGACGCUUCGGUCUAUGUUGGAUUUUGGAUGGAGUAUUGUUAAAAGUAGUAUGAUUGAAGACGAUCUAACUCCGAUUAGGUCGCGUGCCGAUGAUGUCAAGCUUCGACAAAUUACUAUCUCAAAUGUUUCUUUCACUAUGGAGCAUAUCAAAGAAGUGAAAACAAAACUUGGUGUGAGCAUAAAUGAUGUGAUUGCUGGCUUAAUUUUCUAUGGAAUUCGAUUAUACAUGCUAGAAAUUAAUCAAGAAUCAAGAAAAGCUAACUCAACAGCAUUGGUGUUGCUUAAUACAAGAAGCAUCAAAGGUUAUAAAUCAGUUAAGGAAAUGGUUAGCAAGAACAAUAGUGGUGCUGCUUGGGGGAAUCAAUUUGCAUUUUUGCAUGUCACAAUUCCAGAGCUUAAUGAUCCUAAAUUUGACAAUCCAUUAGAGUUUAUUUGGGAAGCUCAUAAAGAGAUUAGCAGGAAGAAAAAUUCUUUGGUUACACCUCUUACUGGCAUGCUCUUAAAUAUGGUGAAAGCAAUUAGAGGUCCUGAGGCUGCAGCUAGAUAUGUACACAGUACUUUAAGAAAUUCAAGUACAACAAUCUCAAACAUCAUUGGACCAGUGGAACAAAUGUCUUUGGUAAAUCAUCCUGUUAAAGGUUUAUACUUUAUGGUCGUUGGUCCACCAGAGAGUCUCACGGUAACAAUCAUGAGUUAUAUGGGAAAGUUAAGAAUUGCAUUUGGUGCUGAGAAAGAUUUCAUUGACAAGCAAAAAAUGAAGUGUUGUGUGGAGAAAUCUCUUGAGAUGAUAAUUAAAGCUUCAAGAAAGACUUCAGAAAAAGAAUAAAAGGAAUACAUUGUUUAGUCUAAGAAGUUGAAGCAAAAGGAUGUUGGUGAUUAAUCUUCCAUACUCCAUAAAAUGUGGCAUUUAAAAUGCGGCAUUUUAUUGGAAGCAAGCUUCCGAUAAUAUAUUUUAUCUGAGUUUUUCGGUAGUUUAUUUUGACAGAUUUGAGCAUAUAAGGACGAAGAUGUGCGAUCAUUAAGGAUGUUUAUGUCAAAAAAAGCUCAUGUGUAGUUUUUUUCCUUCCUUUCAAAUGCUAGUUUGUCAAUGGGCCAGACCUAUAAUACUGAAUUUUUCUUUGGGCUAAGUUUGCAUCAUAUUGCUUGGAAAAGUACUAUUAGCAUAUCCAUUUUUUGCUAAUUUUACAUCAAGUUUUAAGUAGGUUUAUUUUCAGCCAGCAAAAAUGCUUUGGAAAUUAAUAUUUUGGGACAA